AUGAGUCGAACAGUAGAAAAAUCAUGGCUGGAAGAACUGAAAAAGCGAGUGGAAUAUCAGGUAAGCAUUUGAAAGAAAAAUCGAAAAAAAAUUCCAAAAAAUUGCCAGGAAACAAACCGCCUGAAAAUGGUGGAAAUUCGCGAGAACGUGCUGGAUAACGAGAAAGAAUUGCGAAGUUUGGACUCGACGCUGAAAAAAACGACGAGUUUCAUGAAGAAGAUCAAAGUGCUAAGCGCCGCGGGAGUUCCGCAGCUCAUCGAGGAGCUCUCCAAACUGAAUCUGUCGAAAUUCGUCGAGGAAAUGGCUUCGGUCAGUUUGCGGAAGCGGUUUUUCCGAGUUUCAAUUCAAUUCAAUGUUUGCAGGGAAUCAUCGAAACGAAGCUGAAAAUCUCGGAUAUUCCGAAAGUGGCCGAACUUUGUCUCGCAAUUUCGGCCAAAUACUCGAAUUUUAGCGAGCAAAUGGCGGGCGAAUUCAAAAAAGUGUUGCCGAUCAAAAAGAGCGAUAAAAUUGGAAAUAUGGCCAAAUUACGAGUCGAUAUUAUGUUAGCUUGACUUCAGAGAUUUCAGAGCAAAAACGAGUUUAUUUCAGUUUUUUGACGGAAUUGUGUCUCUGCGGAGUUUUCAACGAGAAAGAGGGCCUGCAGGUGCUCGGCGCGGUGCUCAGCUACCUGAUUCAGACGGACAAGGCCGAAUUCGUGAACGUGGGUCUUCUGACUACCGUAUCCCGGGCGGUCGGAUGGCAGAUUGCUCGGAUUGUGCCCCUUCCGGCGGCACUCGAAGAUGCGGACACCGUCGACGUCAAUGAAGGUGAUUUUUGGGAAAAUUCGGAAAUGUGUUCCUAUUUCACUCAGAAACAUUCCAGACUCGCUCCCGACGUCUUCCGCCUUGUCUCCGGAGCAGAAGAAGACGAUCCGCGAGCUGUUCAAGUCGUACUACGACGCGCUGUACGCGAAGACCGAAAAAACGUGCUCGGCACGGAACAAAGCGAUGAAAAAGGUGAAAAGACAGGAGAGAAGCCGAGGAGACGCCGCCGACGAGGACAAGAACACUCUGAGCACUCUGCAGACCGAAUUGGACGCUCUCAGGAAGAUUGUGAGCUUUUUUUUGUUGGUUUUUCCUGAUGUGAAAAAUAGACAGAUUUCCACAAAAAUUCCUCCCGCGUUUCAGACCAACGAACUGGCGUGUGCCAUUGGAGUUCAGAUGAAGGCUCUCAAAGAGGAAGCUAGCGACGAUGAGGAGGACGAAGCCGCCAAUUUAGAGGUAAUAGAGACAGUUUUGAGGUGUUUUACAUGAAAAUUCAGAAGAAAUGACCUAAUUUUUAGUACGUUUUCACAGAAAUUCCCAUGAAAAUCAUACCCGAAAUUCACCCGAAAUCCGCCAAAUUCCAGAUGGGACGACGUCUGGCGGAAGGAGCCGUCCAAUUGUGGAACGAUGAGGAGACGAAGGCGUUCUACGAGGACCUCAUCGACCUUCGACAGAUGGUCCCCAAGGAUCUGUACAAGGAUUCGGAGCAGAGGACACUCGGAAAGGCGGCGAUGGCGGAGCGGAUCGAGGACGUGGACGUGGAGAAUGUGAACGAGUCGGGACAGAUGGACGGACGGCGCCAAACAGUGCAGAGGGGCGACUCGGAGAGGGAGACGUCGCCGGCGGACGAGCAGCUGCACGCACUGCUCAAAGAGGCGGUCGACGCGGCCGAGGAGAGGGGACUCAGCAAGUGGCAGAGCUUCGCGCUCGACCUCGACCAUCUUGUGAGCAAGUACUCCACCGACCAGGCGGCCAUCUAUUUUGUGUCCAACCUCAAUAAUAAGGUGAGAAUCUGAGGGAAUUUACCCAAUUUAGGUUAAAACAAUUGCAGGGCUGUCGAAAGCGUCUGAUAAAGUUGAUGAUCGAGCCGGCGUCGUCGCGAAUGGACGUUCUUCCGUUCUACGCCCGCCUCGUCGCCACCCUCGAGAAUGUGAUGCCCGAUUUGACGACGGAAAUUGUGACCCAACUGCUCGAACGAUUCCGCGGAUUCAUUCAGGGAAAGCCGACCGCUGGAGGAGAUCGAGUCAAAGUAAAUUUUGAGAAAAUUAGAUGAUGUAUCCGGAAACUUACUUUUUCCUGUUACAGGUGGAAGUGAAGAUGGUGUGUGUGAUGAUGAUCGCCGAACUGAUGAAGUUCGGAGUGAUUUCGCGUGCCGAGGGACUCUCGUGCCUCCGUCAAUUGGUGUACGAUCUGCGCGGACACGCCGUCGAAAUGACGGCGACCGUCAUGGAAUCGGCCGGAUUGUACCUGUACAGACACACGGAUUCGCACGCGAAAAUGAAGCGGCUGCUCGAGGUGGUGAAGGCGAAGAGGGACCGCAUGAAGGACCAGCGACAGGCGGUGAGCAAGAAUUGAGCGAAUUCUCACACUAGAGCUGCUAAAAAUAGCUAUUCCAACAUUUUCAGAUGCUGAUCGACAACGCGUACUUCACGUGCUUGCCCCCGGAAGACUCGAAAGAAGAACGUCUGCGUCUGAAGCUCGACGAGGAGGACACUCCGAUGAAGAAGUUCAUCCGCCACAUCAUCCUCGAUAUCAACAAGCAGAACAUCGACGUUCAUCUCAAGUGUCUGCGUCGUCUCGAGUGGAGCAACCCGGAGAUUUCCGAUUACGCGAUCCGCUACCUCUCGUCCACGUGGCUCCUUCCCAUCGAGAACCUCGAGUUCGUCGCCUCCGCAAUCUCGGGACUUUGUGGCCUCGCCCAUCUCGAAUGGAUCGGAAUGGCCGUCAUCGACGCGUCGAUCGAGACGAUCCGAAUCUCGCUCGAAAAUCCGGGCACUUUCAAUCAAUUGGCCCACUCCGCCGCGGUCUUCCUAGCCGAGGCCUACAUUUUCGAGCUGUGCGACGAGGACCUGAUAAUGCAGGUGCUGUACCAGUUGAUCUCCUAUCCGGAGACGUCGGAAACCGCGUGGAAAGAUCUGCAUCGCAUUCGGAUCGUGUGCGCAAUGCUCGAAAUCGUGCGCGAGUUCUUCAAAAACGGUCCGGGACGCGUGAAAAUGAAGUUCUUCCUCCUGUAUUUCCAUCGGUUUUACUAUACGAAACGCGACACGUGGAAUCGAGAGAUUAUGGAACGAGCCAGUGAGGCACAGAACGGACUGGAAGUGAACUUGGAAAAUGUGCAGAGCAGGUCGGACUUUUUUGAAAUAUUUGAAAACGUUUUCCUCUUUUCAGAUUCCCGUACGAAGUGGAGACGGCCUAUUCGGACGUGUGCCGUCAUUACCGUCGCUCCAAAAAGGCGGGAAUCCUUCGAUGGCCGAAAUCAUUGGAAGAAGCCCAAGAAUCUGUGGAGAUGAUCGAGAAACGGUUCAAGCCACAGGUAGUUUAUCGAAAAUUGGCUAUUUUAGAUGAACUCUUCAAAUUUUCCAGCUAAAAGAGCUCAAUGGCGAUCGGAGCGACGUAGAUGACGUGGGAAGGAAGGAUUUGAUGGCAAUCGAGGAGGAUGACGAGGAGGAAGAGGAGGAGGCCAGGUGAGCACUCAAAAUCUGUAAAGUUCCAUGAAAAAUGCGGAAAAAAUUGAUUUAUUCACUUAAAAAUAUCACAGAAAAUCACGGAAAACAGUCUAGGAAAAUGCGGGCGAGUAGAUUUUUAAUAAUAAAAGCGUUUGGAAUCAUUUUGGCGACAUGAUGUGUUUUUGUGUAGAAAGAAGAUGGAGUUGGUUUUGUCUGAAAGAUUCGAAGUUGUUAAACAUUUUCCCGCUCAGAGACUCGCAAAGUGAGCUGGAAGACGAGGAUUCGGAGGAGGAGCGCAAGAAAAACGACUUUUUGGAGGCGAACAUUGUCACGAAAGAGGAAGAGGACGAUUUUCAGCGCGAAUUGGAUCGGAUGAUGGGCGAGGGAUUCAGAAAUCCGGUGAGUUUUGAAAUCACACCGAAACACCGUUGACAGUUGAAUUUUUAGGCGCCAGUAGCGGCUGCUCAAACGUACGAUGUGACUCUUCCGGCCGCCGCCAAGAAUCGCUUCGCCAGAUCCAUCAAAUUUGGUAAGUUUUUAUCAUUUUUGCAGUUUUGCUUCAAACAAUUAAAAUUAAGGUUGAAAGGGUUACUGUAGCUUUUAUGGGCCGUCUUAGGCUUCAAAUUGUUCAAAUCCAGCUAAUAGGGUCUUAAAGGGAAUGCUGGAUACCGUUGUUCCAUGUUUUCAAUAUUUUGCAAGUAUCCAGUAUGAUUUGUGGUUCCUGACCCCUUUUUUCAUUGUUUUCCACACCUUCCGCAUGUUCCUCACGGACAAUCAUCAAAAAUGCGUCUUCACACCCGGUUUCGUUCGGCUCAAUUUCGUCCGCACACGACACACACCUUCUCGUAUUUCGACGACACAUUUAGGUGGUCCUUCUCGAAUUUCCGCCCAACACCUUGAUCUUUCUCUCUCUCUCUCUCACGCACACAAUGCCAAUGUAUUCACUAUAUUGCACAUGGGAAAAGAGAGGAUUGAGGAGGGACUCUCUGGCUGGCACGAAACGGAUUGAAUUACCACUGGAAUACUCGACGACGCUCGUAGGAGUUUUCAGAAUGUUCGGCCGUAAAAACACUGCAAACUUUUAUGAUUUUUUAAAGUUUUUUCUCAAAAAGAAAGUCCACACUCCCUUCUCCCCUCGCAGAAGGCGGUUUUAUUGUGGUUUUUCCGUGAUAAACCCCCUGACACAAUGCCAACAAAAUAGGCUAGUGAGAGAGUGGGGGAGACGAAUUUGAUUAACGCCGCGGAGCACAAGGCUUGAUUGAUUUUGGUAGUGUGUUCAGUUCUCGGAACGUAUCCUUCGCUGCUGCUCCAGAAGGCUCGACACGGACGGAAAACAAAAACAACAACAAUCGGAUUUGCGCCCUAGGUGACUCGGGCAGUCUGCACACCCUUUUCCAUCCAUUUUUUAUGAGACCGGACGAGAUUGAAGCGAAAACGGAAGUAGAGGGCCUCCUAGGAAAGUUAUAGUUUGAAGAUAGUCUCGAAAGCUUGAAAUUUUAGUUUCCAGGUGGUUUCGACGAUUUCCAAUAGUCUUCAAGUAGAAUAGCUAUUAUUGAUUCAAAUAUUUCCGCUCAGGCCUAAAACGGCAAAUGUCUAGGUCACAAGCACCAUAGGAAAUUCUAUCUUCUUCAAAAGCCGACUUAUUCCAGUUUUCAGUCAAGAAGUGCGAUUCUAGAAACUAUUAUCUUCGAGUUCCACCAACCUGGCAAAGUGCACAUUUUUCCAGACCCCUCAUAGUUUCGCCCCGAAAGUUAUUGUUGUCGCAAUGAUUUGUCGUCGGUCGUCGUGAGCACUUUUCAACAUGUCUCGCCGGGUGUCAUGUUCGUCUCGAAUUUCAAUCAUUUCGUCGAUCAUUUUUGCCCCACUCACGGCAAGAAGAGACAUGACAAGAAAGACGCGUGUUUCGUAGUAAUAUUUGUGAGAUUCUCUAUCAUUCCGAGAAGCUCUCGACGCUGUGCUCCAAAUGAGGAUUUCGAAGGAAGAUCCCUUUUUUCACGAGAAUAGCGAGUAUUCUUUGAGAUCCUUUACCCAAGAAAAAGCACUCAGAGUUUCUCGCACAAUAGGCUCACGGAGCAACAAGACAACAAGUUGACCCCCCCGAGAAGAUGGAAACGACGGGCAACGCCGGACGAGGAGGAGGAGGAGGAGGAGACGACGUUUAUUGAAUUUCGUUCGCAUUCUCCCUCUUUUUCGUCUUCUUUUUCGGCGCCGACGACAAUUUCAAAAGUUGUGAAGAGAGAAAAAGUUGGAAAUGCCCUUCACAAUGGCCGAUAUGCAGAUUCGCAUUUCCCGAAGAUUCGAGAAGGAAGAAAAGACCGGACCAAAUUGGGUUUUUGAGUGAUUGUGUUGGGAAAGAUUUUGGAACGAAAAAGUUGCAUUUUGAAUGAGGCAGGUAGAAAAUUGAGGGAAAGGAGGGCGGAAGAUAUAUUUGCAAUGAAUUAUAGAUAGGAUUUGAUGAUAACAAAGCGGUCAAGGGUACUAUCCGGAUCGGAAGCCUCCAGAAACCUUGAAACUAUCGCUUUUGACUUGAAAGUACAGAAAAAAUUGUUCUAACUGUCGCAAAUCCGGUAAAAUCGAUAGCCUCAAGCUUAAAUUUCACCCAAAAUGAAAAUGACUUCAUUUUAUGAUUCCGGACCUAAUAAUCGCUAACAUCGACACAUUUUCAGCCGAGGACACGAAAGAAGAGGUGUGGAACACGUCGCCGACCGCCAGCUACCCGCCGACGGAUCCUUCGGUCGACUACGACGAAGAUCAGGGAUUGGCGGCGAGCGGGCGUCCGAAACAGACGAGAGUCACUCUGAUGGUCAGGGGAAAACAGAACAAACCGGCACUGAAGACGGUCAACAUCGACGACGACGGUCUGCAGCAGAAGUGGAGCGAGGAGAAGGAGCGGGAGGAAAAGGAACGGGCCGACAUGAAACGGCUUACGCUCGGGCAGCACAGGCGCAUCGAGAUGGAGGAGGAGAAGGCCAUGUUGGCCUCGUUGAACAACUCCAGAAAAGGCGGAAUGAAGAAAAGGUGCGUUUUCGGGGGGUUUGUAGCGAUUUCCAAUACAGUAUCCUCGAGUAAUUCCAGCCUCAUUUCCAAACCCGCCCCUUUUUCAGCGCACCCCGGACGAAACAGACGAAGCCACAAUUUCCGGGACCUCACCUCGACGGAGAAUGGUAG